CAGACUAAUGAUAAAUAAUUAAUUAAGUUUAGUAAGUUUUAAUCAAUUUUUACGCAGUAAUUAUGUAUGAAAAAUUCAUCGUUUUCCGACAUUAAAGGCUACCUUUCGGAUAGCACAAAAAUUCCAAUAUUACAAACUUCCAGUAUUACAGAUUACGAAGAAAGUGAAUAUUUUUUUACGGCGUUUAAUCGGUCAGAUCUGCAAAAAAAUUAAAAUGCAUUAAACAAAUUUCUGUUACAGCAUUCAACGAUUCUAAAUUUGCGAAGUGAGAUGGACGACACGGUUACCACCUUUCUCGUUAUUGUUCUCGUGAUCGGCAGCUUGAUGAUGUUGACCGUGCUGCUGGCCUGCUACACUUGCAUUUUCCGAGAUUUAUAUUGCCGUUCGGAAAGCAGAUCCAAGAGGCGACAUCGGGCGAGCAUCCAACGAGAGUUCGAUAAUGCGAAUAAAGCCGCGAUACCACUGAACGAAUUUACACAAGGGGAAAGUAUGCCCACAGAAUCCGAAAAAAUUUAAACGGAAAGAGCAAAAAUGAAAAUUAAACGUGAAAAAUAUUUAAAUCACGCUCUUUGCAACAAUAGUUACAAUUAUAAAAAUAAAGUGCGGAGUAAAAUAUGAUGAACGGAACUGACACAACUAACGAUUAUUGAAAAGUAUAUGUAUACUUUCGACAAACAUUAUAUUUUUAAAAGAGAUUAUUCGUUGCAAUGUAGGAAACAGGAGGAGAGAGAUUGAGAAACAAUAUACACACGAAAGUUCGAUCGUGAGUACACUCGUUCAUUGUAAAUAUAUGUUAUAAAUCUGUUAUAUACAUAAUCAGAUAUACAUACAUAUAUACAUUAUAUGCUAUUUGUUUAUCGCAAAAUGUAUGCAAUAAAAGAUCUGGUAAAAAUAUUCGACACCAGUGAUAAUAAUCCUACAUAUAGCGUCUAACAGAUGUAUAUAAAAUAAACGUCUAUUCAUAUUUCCCAUAUGCAUUAUACCUGUAAUGCAUGUAAUGCACAUGUUUUCUGGUAACUUAUUACAUAUUAAAUAUCUAAAGAUCUCAACUCGUAGAAGAUAUUCUUUCAGAAUUAUCUUCCCAACCACAACACAAGAGGCUAAUUCUUCACAAACUGGAGAAUAUCCAUGUUAGAGAUAAUUCACGCAAAACUUAAAAAAAAAUA